GUUUAAUUUAAUAUGUAAAAACCCUAAACCCCUGAAGGUGGAAACCACCGGCCUCUGAACCCCCAAAAAACAUGUCCACUCUUGAACCUCAGCUUCUGCACUUUCGCGCCUACGAGCUCCGCCUCAUCCGCUGCACCCUCACUCCUCCUCCGCCCUCCGAUUCCCCCAUUCAAUCCCCGCCGUCCGAUCACCAUCUCCACACUCUCAUCAACCACCUCCUUUCUUCCAUCGAGUCCGGUUCCUAUCACCAAGCUCUCACCUCCGACGCUUCCAGACUCGUCUUCGGACUCGCCAAUGACUCGCCCCUUCCGGACCCUGUCAACUCAGUUGACUCGGCAGAACGAUUCUACUCCGAGUUGCUCCACCGCGCCGAGUUCUUCGUCGCGGACGACUCGGUCGGCGACUCCGACAAGGCUUACAUGGCGAUUCUCGUGCUGUGCAUCGCUGUCGCGGCAUUUCUAGGGUUCACUCAAUGCAACUUCACCGGGCCUAUGAAAGGUUUACCGCGAUGUCCGUUGCCUAUGGAAGGUGGCGGCAAUGGUGGUGAAUUCGCAGAGUGGGACAAUUGGGCUCGCAAUCAGGUUAUGGCUGCUGGCUCUGACUUGCUUGGAAAGUUCUCCAAUCUUCAGUACAUAGUUUUUUCUAAGAUGUUGCUUAUGCGGAUGAAAGAUUUGUCAUUUCAAGGAGCGAUAUCUUCUGCAUGUGAGAUUAGAAGCCUUUCAUGGUGGCUUGCAAGGGUUUUGCUUCUUCAGCAGAGAAUUUUGGAUGAGCGGUCUUCUUCUUUGUUUGAUCUUUUGCAUGUAUACUUGGGUGAGGCUUCGCAACAAUUUGGCACUUCAGAAGGUGUUAGAAGUUAUUGGGAUGCUAAUUUACGUGAUGGAGAAUGCUUAGCUAUUGUCUCCAUGUUUCAUUUAGAGGCUGGAAUUAUGGAAUAUGCCUAUGGACGAGUAGAUCCUUGCAGGACACAUUUUGAGUCGGCUGAGAUGGCAGCUGGGCUUCAGCUUUCAGUUACUGGGGUGCUGGGUUUCCGUACUGUACAUCAGGUAGAACCAAAGGCACAAAUGGUACUCGUCACAAACACAUGCUCAUCAAACAAUGCGGAUAACCACUCUUUGAUGGGUAAUGGCACACAAAGAAGAGAUUCCAGCUCUGGUGAUGCAUCUGACAUACUUAUGACACCAAAAUUGUUAGGAAAUUACGAUGACACUAAAACUGGGUCACAAGGAAUAGAAAAUGGUGCUCAGACUACUCCCAAUUUGACAGCAACACAACAGGCUGUAAUUCUGGCAUAUUGCCUUCUAAUCGAGAAGAGCUCCAGACAUGAUGAAUUGCAGCGAUGGGAUAUGGCUCCUUACAUUGAGGCAAUUGAUUCCCAGCAUUUGUUUUAUUUCAUUAUACGAUGUUUCUGCGAUAUCUUGCGUAUACAAUGGGAAUCAUCUCGAAGUCGAACAAAGGAGCGUGCUUUACUGAUGAUGGAGAAUUUGGUGCAACGUAUUUAUGAAUCUUCUCCAGUUGUAGCAGAAAGAAUUCCUCUUAGUUAUGAUGUUUAUAUGCCCAGUAUUUCUGCAUUAAGGAAGGAAUAUGGUGAGCUUUUGGUUCGCUGUGGUUUAAUAGGGGAGGCAGUGAAGGUAUUUGAAGAUUUAGAAUUAUGGGAUAAUCUUAUAUACUGCUACAGCUUAUUGGAGAAGAAAGCCACAGCUGUUGAACUCAUCAAGAAACGUCUUUCAGAACGACCCAGUGACCCCAGAUUAUGGUGUUCAUUGGGUGACAUUACGAAUAAUGACACCUGUUACGAAAAGGCUCUGGAAGUUUCAAAUAGUAGGUCUGCUAGAGCUAAGCGUUCUCUGGCUCGCAGCGCAUACAAUAGAGGAGACUACGAGACAUCUAAAAUUUUGUGGGAGUCUGCAAUGUCAAUGAACUCUAUGUUUCCAGAUGGUUGGUUCGCAUUUGGGGCUGCUGCAUUGAAGGCACGGGAUAUUGAAAAGGCUCUGGAUGCAUUUACCCGUGCGGUUCAACUUGAUCCUGAAAAUGGGGAAGCUUGGAAUAACAUUGCUUGCUUGCAUAUGAUCAAGAAAAAGAACAAGGAGGCCUUCAUUGCAUUUAAAGAAGCCUUGAAGUUCAAACGGAACAGCUGGCAACUCUGGGAGAACUAUAGUCAUGUUGCUAUUGAUGUUGGCAAUAUCAGUCAGGCUCUGGAAGGUGCGCAGAUGGUUUUGGAAAUGUCCAACAAUAAAAGAGUAGAUACAGAACUACUAGAAAGGAUCAGAACGGAGGUUGAAAAGAGGCGCUCAAUAAGUAAUUCGGUGCCAUCUGUUGCAACUGAUAUUACACAUUGUACAGAUAAACUUCAGUUAGAUGAUUCUCAAUUAGAACUUCAAGAGCAAUCACAAGCUUCUGAUGAUGGAAGAUCACGUGAAACUGAGCAAUUGAUGUUGUUACUUGGAAGAGUUCUACAGCAGAUAGUUAAAAGUGGGAGUGGAUAUGGACCAGAUAUCUGGGGCUUAUAUGCAAAAUGGCAUAGAAUGAAUGGAGAUCUCAUUAUGUGUUCUGAAGCCCUUUUAAAGCAAGUUAGAUCACUCCAGGGAUCUGAUACUUGGAAAGACAGAGAUCGCUUCAAGAAGUUUGCAAUAGCAUCCUUGGAACUUUGCAAGGUGUACAUGGAAAUUUCCUCAUCUGCCGGCAGAACUAAAGAGUUAUAUACAGCUGACAUGCAUCUGAAGAACAUCAUCAAACAGGCUCAGAGCUUCUCUGAUACAGAAGAGUUCAGGGAUCUUCAGGCUUUCCAUGAAGAAGUGAAGAUCAAACUCCAAUCGAAUUCAACACCUACCUAAAAUACUUGUGGAAACAUGAUCAAAUAAGUUGUUUCUAACUAAGGUUUCAUUGGUAUUCCUAAGAUCAGAGGCUAACCCAUCAAACUUGAAUAUAUUAAGAAUGGACAUGUUGCUUUCUGCAUCCAUCAACAGAAGUAGUCUAAACUCUAAAGCUUGAUUAUAGAAUCCUUGAUUUGGAUUAUAUAUGCUGAAAGUAAUCAAGCUGUGCCUAUGUAUCAUAUCAUGUAUGUUCUAUAUUUAAAAGUGAGAGAAGUGUUAAGUUUUUUGUGAUGUUUAGAUGCAAAAUUCAUCUCUUAUUGUAACAAUGUUACAUGUUGUAAUAGCAUGAUAAUCUUUAUCACUAAAUUACAUGAAGAGAGUUAUAAUACUCAAUGUAGAUGAUGUUUAAUAAACAGUAAAGACGUGUUUUUGAUAUUC